GUAUUAUCUGUGGGUGAAUAGGUGAAUUAGUAGAAGGCUGCCGGCCGUCGCUUGCUGGAGCUUUUGUUUGCUAUAUUCGUACUAUCGGAGUGUUAGUUUUUGUUUUGAAUUGAGCUUAACUUUCAAUGAGAUAUUUUUGUCACCGUUACAUACCGGUUCAUGUAUGUGCGCGAAAUUAUCGAGUAUCUUUUAGCACAAUGAACAAUCCAGGAUUAGUUGAGCUUUAAUACGAGAGAGAGCUUUGUUUCCACGCAAUGCUUGUGUCCGUUUGUGUGAAUUAGAUCUGGAAUGAUGCCACCUCUCCGAGUGGCCUGGGUAGUUUGCACUAUACUUUUGUGUCCUUCGUCUGGCCUGGAAGCAGCGGCGCAGUCUGAGAGCGUCGAGGCCCGAAGCUCAACACCAGUCGCAGGCGCAGCGGCGGCGGUGCGGGGCUGCGGCGAGGGCGAGUGGCGGUGCGCGGACGGAGCGCGCUGCGUGCCGCGGGCGUGGCGCUGCGACGGCCGCCCGCACUGCGCCGACGGAUCCGACGAGCUGGACUGCACGUGGAACACGACAUGCCGCGAGGGUCAGUUCCGCUGCGCCACGAGCGGGCUGUGCAUCGCGGCGAGCUGGCGCUGUGACGGCGACGCGGACUGCGGGCCGCGGGACAACUCCGACGAGGACCCAUACAUGUGUGAGAAAGACUUCAAAUGUCGCGGUAACUGGGCUCGGUGUGCCACUCCCGUGGGAGGGCAGUUCUCGUGCGUGCCCAUCGUGCAGUUCUGUGACGGAGAGCGACACUGCGCCGACGGCAGCGACGAGUGGGACAUCUGCGAUAACUUCACGGUGUCCAGCUGCGCGCCCCUCCGCUGCGAAGUGGGCUGUCGGCCCACUCACGACGGGCUGGCCUGCUACUGUAAGCCGGGGUACGAGCAGAGAGAGGGGAAGUGCGCCGACACCGACGAGUGCCUCCUGGAGGAGUCGUGUGCGCAGCGCUGCGCCAAUACUGCCGGGUCGUAUUCCUGCUCGUGCGGACCCGGGUUCGUGCUCGACCAAGACGGAUUUUCCUGUUUAGCACUUAAUGAUCCGGUGGGCGAGCCGAUGUCCCUCAUAGUGGCGACGCAGAGCGACGUGCGGCGGGUGUGGCCCGACGCCGCGCCGCCGUCCCGCCACGCCGCGCCGCCUUCCCGCUACGCCGCGCCGCCGUCCCGCCACGCCGCGCCACCGUCCCGCCACGCCGCGGUCGCCGCGCUCGACGUGCGGGCCCUGCACUACAACUAUGAUAACAGGUCGAUCUGCUUCGUGCAUCACAUCGUGUCCCGCUCGUCGCUGCUGUGCGUGGACGCAGACGACUUCUCCAAGAGGACGUCUCUGCCCGACCCGGAUUUCUUCCCGGACUUGGACACUGUGAACGCAGUGGCCGUGGACUGGGUGUCGGGGUCGUGGUACGUGUCGGACGGCGGGCGCGAGGCGCUGUACGUGUGCGCGCGGUCGCUGGCCCCGUGCCGGCUGCUGCUGGACGCCGCGCUCAGCAAGCUGCACGGGCUCGCGCUGGACCCGUCGCCGCCGGCCGGGUACAUGUUCUGGACGGUGUGGGGCGCGUCUCCGCCGGGUGUGUACCGCGCGUUGCUGUCGGGCGAGGGUCGAGUGGCGGUGGCCGCCCUCAAGUUGGUCUACCCCUCGGCCCUAACGCUGGACCCGGCCCAGCAGCAUCUCUACUGGGUCGACACAUAUCUCGAGUGCGUCGAGAGAACUGACUACGACGGACAUAACAGGAAGACCAUCCACAGGGGAUAUGUCAGCCAAAGGCUGUCCCACAUCGCGGUGUUCGAGUGGAGGCUGCUGCUGCCGAUGUGGGGCAACAGGUCGGUGGUUGCGGUGUCGCGGUACAGCCGCCCGCACCCGCGCGAGGACACGCCGCUCGACGCGCGACCCACCGCCGUGCUCGUCUACCACCGACAGAUACAACCCAAAGUGCAACACCCGUGCGGCGUGCACAACGGCGGGUGCGCGCACAUCUGCGUGUCGGGGUACCGCGGCGGCGCGCCGCACGCCCGCUGCCUGUGCGCGCACGGGUACCGCCGCGCCGGCCACGGAGACUGCCUGCGUGUCGAGUUGGAGAGCAACCUGGUGGUGUGCCGCGGGUCGCCUCCUAUGGUGCAGGUGCUGGCGGUGGGGGCGGCGGGCGGAGAGGGCGCAGCCCCCGCGCUGCACGGCUCCCGCCCCGCCGCCGCGGACAUCGACCUCGACCAGGGCUGGCUCUACUACUGCGAUGUGCACAAGUACGAGAUAGUGAGGCAGCGGCUGGACGGGUCGGGCCGGGAGGUGUUCCUGGGACAAAACGUCGACAACUGCGAGGGGAUCGCCAUCGACUGGAUGGCGCGCAACAUAUACUGGACGGACGACGCCCUGGGCCUGGUGUCGGUGGCGCGGCUGGAGGGCGGGGGGGCGCCGGCGGUGCUGGUGCGGGGGGUGCGGGCGCGCGCGGUGGCGCUGAGUCCGCGCGCGGGCGACAUGUACUGGGCGGAGUGGUCGCCGGCGCCGCGCAUACAGACGGCCCGGCUGGACGCGUCGCGGCGCCGGACGCUGGUCGCCGAGGACCUGCACUGGCCCAACGGGCUCGCCGUCGACCCCGACGACAACGCACUGUACUGGUGCGACACGUACUUGAACAAGAUCGAGCGGCUGGUGCUGUCCUCGGGCACGCGGCAGCUGGUCGCCAGGAACACUCUGCAGACGCCCGUGCUGAAGCCGUACGGGCUCGCACUCCAUGAAGAGUCCGUGAUAUGGAGCGAGCACGGGACGGGCGCGAUACGCAAGCUGUCCCUGGGCAACGUCACGGUGAUCCAUCAGUUGCCUCCACCGCUUUACGACCUCAAAGUUGUCUCAAGUACUGCCAGGAUAGGUAAGAACGCAUGCUCGUUCAACAACGGCGGAUGCUCGGAGCUGUGCCUGAGCAUGGCGCGGGGGCGGGUGUGCGCGUGCGGGGGCGGGGGGCGGCUGGCGGCGGACGGCGCGUCCUGCCUCCCCCCCGCCGCGCCGCACAACGCCUCGCUCGCCCACAGCUGCCCCCCCGGACACUUCCACUGCGGACGAGGUCGCUGUAUCGACGCGCUGUACACGUGCGACGGCGACGCGGACUGCCCAGACGGCUCCGACGAGGACUCCUCGCCCACCGGACCGUGCGCCAACGUGACGUGCAACGAGGAGCAGUCGCUGAGAUGCGACACGAACAGGUGCAUCCACCGGAGCUGGGUGUGCGACGGACUCACCGACUGUAUCGACGGCGCGGACGAGAGCGCGGCGGCGUGCGCGGGCGCGGCGUGCAGCGCGGCGCAGUUCGCGUGCGCGGUGUCGCGCCGCUGCGUGCCGCACGCGUGGCGCUGCGACGGCGCGCGCGACUGCGGCCCGCACGACCACUCCGACGAGGAGGGCUGCGAGAAGCUGCAGUGCGACAGCGAGAUGUUCGAGUGCGACAACGGCGCGUGCGUCCCGUGGCAGUACCACUGCGACGCGCGCGCCGACUGCCCCGACGCCAGCGACGAGCGCGGCUGCCCCUCCGCCGCGCCCCCCGCCGCGCACCCCGCCGCGCCCCCCGCCGCGCCCCCAGCCGCGCCCCCAGCCGCGCCGCACCACACACGGCAUUCGAACAAAGAGUUGCACACGAAGCUGUGCGAUGCGGAGGAGUUCAUGUGUAACACCACCGAGUGCGUCGUGUGGCGGGAACUUCACUGCGAAUCACAAGCGGACUGCUCGGAGGGCUCCAACGGAUGGAACUGUCGGAACGAGAGCUCGACGACCCAGUCUCCCGCGGACACCAGCACGGCGGCCCCCGGCGCCGGCCCCCCGCCCGACUGCGAGCCCCCCGCGCUGCGCUGCGACAACAGCACGCGCUGCGUCCCCUUGCUGCGGCUCUGCGACGGGCUGCGGGACUGCGCGGACGGCGCCGACGAGGCCGACCGAUGCGGAGAGGACAUGUGCUCGGUGUCGCCGUGCAGCCACACGUGCCGCCCGUCCCCCGGGGGGCCGGUGUGCGAGUGCCCGGCGCGGCUGCACCUGCAGAGCGACGGCCUCACGUGCACCGCACGGGCCCCCUGCGGCGAGUGGGGCGUCUGCAGCCAGUCCUGCACCACGCUCAAGGACCGCCACCGCUGCACCUGCGACCCCGGAUACACCCUCGCCGGGGACGGCUUCACUUGCAAAGAUACAUCCGGGGAGGCGGCGCUGCUGGUGGUGAGCACGCAGCACGAGCUGCGCGCGGUGGAGCUGUCGGCGGCGGCGGCGGCGUCGCGCGCGCUGCUGUCGUCCCUCAACAACACGGUGGCGCUGGACUGGCGCCGCGACCGCCGCACCAACACCACCCACGUCUACUGGACCGACCUCCGAGACAACAAGAUAUACACCGGACAAUUACUUGACAACGGAAUAAGCCACGUGGAGGUAGUGGUAUCCUCGGGACUGACGACGGCGGAAGGUUUGGCGGUAGACUGGGUGGGUCUCAACCUCUACUGGGUCCAGAGCGAUCUUCAUCAGAUCGAGGUUUCAAAACUGGACGGCAAAUAUCGACGCACGCUCGUGUCCGGAGACAUGGACAACCCUCGAGCCAUCGUCGUCGACCCCACGGCCGGGUACAUGUUCUGGAGCGACUGGGAGCAGUCGGAGCCGCGCAUCGAGCGCAGCAGCCUGGCGGGGCGGGGGCGGGGCGCGGUGGUGCGCGCGGCGCGGGGGGCGUGGCCCAACGGCCUGGCGCUGGACGUGCGCGCCAGGAGGCUGUACUGGGCGGACGCGCGGGCCGACGCGCUGCACUCCGCCACCUACGACGGCGCCGACCCCCGCCUCGUGCUCACGCGGCACCCCGCCCUCGCGCACCCCUUCGCGCUGGCGCUGCUGGACUCGCACGUGUAUUGGAGCGACUGGCACGAGAAGGCCGUGCUGCGAGCCAACAAGUGGAACGGGUCCGACGUCACGCUCGUCCACAACACUCUCAACAAGCCCUUCGAAAUCAAGGUGAUCCACUGGAGUCGGCAGCCGCAGAUGGAACACAGCCCGUGCGAAGGCAACGGAGGCUGUUCUCACCUCUGCCUCAUCGAGUCCCCCACGGAGCGCGUUUGUGCCUGCCCUAACCUGAUGCGCCUCACACCUGAUAACGUCACUUGUCAAUCAUACGAAAAAAUCUUGCUGAUGGGUCGCAGGGGAGAGGUAAGGGGCGUGGAAGUGGAUAACCCCACGUCCCCUCUCGCUCCCCCCCUCGCCGGUCCGCUGGUCGCCGUACCCGACCCGAUACAGUUCAUUGCGAGCGAGAGGGCCAUCUUCUGGGCGGACGUGGAGACAAACGAAAUAAAGCGUUGGGAGGUGGGGGGCGGCGAGGUGGUGUCGGUGCGGGAGGGGGGCGCGCGCGGGCUGGCGGCGCACUGGGCGGCGGGCCUGCUGUACUUCGCGGCGGGGGGCGCGCUGGGGGUGAGCGACACGCGGGGGGAGCACGCCGCCCUCCUCAUACCGCACCUACACAACCUCACGUCGCUGGCCGUGCACCCUCGAAGCGGGAGCCUGUACAUGGCGUUGUCGUCGGCGGGCGAGGAUCGCAUCGAGGUGGUCCGCGGGGACGGCACCGCGCGCCGCGUGCUGCUGAGCGACCGGGAGGACCCGCUGCUCUCCGGAGCCACCGGCCUGUGCAUCGACCUGUCGAGCGAGCGCCUCUACUGGGUGAACACUGGCUCCAGCUCCAUACAGUACCUCGACCUUCGAACCUGGAAUUACACCACGCUUUCCUUGGAGAUCGGAGCUCGGCCGGUGGCGAUGGAGGUGUACGAGGGAGAAGUGAUCUACGCUGACGGGGAACAGAACCUGCUGCGCAAGUGUCACAAGGACAAAUGCGACGGCGCCUCCGUCUACCUGUCCCAGGCCGAGGGAGUGGUAUCCCUUCGAGUUUACGACGCGGCCCUACAAGAGGGCAUCGAAAGCGCGUGCAAGCUCAGGAAGCAGCCCUGCGCUCACUUGUGUCUGCCUGUCUCGGAAACACAUUCCGUCUGCCACUGCGCCACGGGGUACGUCGCCAAUGGGACGCGAUGCACAGCCGUGGACGAGGUGGUGAUGUACUCACUCAGCUGGGACGUGCGAGGGGUCGGGGUGGAGGGCGGGCCCGAUCUGUUGGCUCCUCUCCCCGGACUCUCGCUCGCCUCCUCUAUAGACUAUGUCGCAGAGGGCGAGUGGUUAUACUGGGUGGAUUCGGAGGCGGGUAGCAUCUGGCGCGUGCGUCGUGACGGAGGGGGGCGCGAGGUGGUGGUGCGCGGUGCGGAGGAGGGCGCGGGAGGGGACGAGCCGCCCUCGGACUCGCUGGGCGCGCUGGCGGUGGACUGGGCGGCCGGUAACCUGUACUGGACGGAGCCGCGACGCCGCCUGCUGCUCGCCUCGCGCCUCGACGGACAACACCUCUACGUGGUGCUCGACACCGACCCGCACCUCGUCACGCUACUGGCACUGGACGCGACGGCGGGCUGGCUGUUCCUGGGCGGCGCGGGCUGGAUUCAGCGCGCCUCGCUGGACGGCGCCCGCCGCGACCUGCUGCACAACGGCACCAACGUCGGGGACAUCGCCCUGCACCUGCAGGAGCGGCUGGUGUACUGGGUGGACACGUCGGACACGUCGGUGUGGCGCAUGCGGUACGACGGCGCGGGCCGCUCGCUGGUGGCGCGUCUGUCGCCGCACCAGCACCACCCCGUCGCCAUCGCGCUCCACAAGCACUCCAUCUACUGGCUUGACACCAUGGUCGGUCGCGGCGCCGUGCUGUCCGCCCCGGUCGGCAACAUGUCGCGCUCCCGCGUGCUCAAGGACGACCUCGGGGACAGCCUCAGGGAUAUCUUUGUAUGGUCUCGCGAGUCUCAGCGCGCGAGCACGUCCCCCUGCCGGGCGACGCCGUGCGCGGCGCUCUGUCUGGCGAGCAGCGGCCGCGCGCGCUGCGUGUGCCCGCACGGGGAGCUGGCGCCCGACCGCCUCUCCUGCACGCCGUACAAGUCGUUCGUGAUGUUCGCCCGCGUGUCGCAGAUCGACUCGCUGCACCUGGACGGGCGCACGCUCAACGCGCCCUACCCGCCGAUACGCCACAAGGAGCUGAUGCGCAACGCGAUCGGGCUGGCGUACCAGUACAGCACGUCCACGCUGUUCUACUCCGACAUCCAGCGCGGCGCCAUCCACGCCGUGCACUUCAACGGGUCGAACCACCGCGUGCUCUUCACCAAGGUGGGUGCAGUGGAGGGCAUGGUGUUCAGCCCCGCGACGCGCUCGCUGUACUGGACGCGCACGAGCGGCGCGCUGGUGGCGGCGCGGCUCCCGGACGGGCCCCCCGUCACCGUGCUCAGACUCAGCCACGGGGACCGACCCCGGGGGAUCGACUUUGACCCCUGCCAAAUUCGUAUAUACUGGACGAACUGGAACUCGAGUCAUCCGAGCAUCGAGCGGGUCUACGCGUCUGGUCGCGGCCGUCAGGCCAUCGUGACCACCGCCGUGCUGAUGCCCAACGCCCUCGCGCUGGACCACGCCGACCGCAGGCUGUACUGGGCCGACGCCAGGCUCGACAAGAUCGAACGCAUGUACUACGACGGAUCGCACCGCCAGAUAGUGAGUACGGAGGGGGCGGAGCACCCUUUCGCGGUGUCGGUGUGGGGCGGCUGGGUGGUGUGGUCGGACUGGAUGGGGCGCGGCGUGCUGCGCGCCGACAAGCUCGCCGGCCACCCGCGCACCCUGCUCGCUGCUGACUCCCGUCCUAUGGCCGUCAUUAUCGUCGCGCCGGACCAACACACUUGCUCGGACGACCCGUGCGCGGUGUUGAACGGCGGGUGCGCAGAGAUCUGCAGCCGGGACGCGUCGGGCGGCGGCGCGCGGUGCGGCUGCGGGGGCGGCAGGACGCUGGCGGAGGACGGUCGCGCUUGCUCGCCCUCCUCGCAACCGGCGUGCCCCCCCGGGCAGUUCGCGUGCAGGAAGGGGGGCUGCAUCCCGGACGAGCUGGUCUGCGACGACGUGCCGCACUGCUCGCACGGCUCCGACGCUAGCGACGAGGACUUGUUCUAUUGCACCUCCCGCACGUGUCCGGUGGAGGGGGUGCGGUGCGGCGCGGGGGGGCGCUGCGUGGCGCCGGACCGGCUGUGCGACGGACGGUUCGACUGCGACGACGCCAGCGACGAGGCGCACUGCGCCUGCGGACCGCAGCAAUACAAAUGUGAGAACGGUCUGUGCGUGGGCGUGGCGGCGCGCUGCAACGGCGCGGUGGAGUGCGCGGACGCGUCGGACGAGCGCGGCUGCGGGGCGCACACGUGCGGCGCGCUGGGGCCGGACGCGCUGUCCUGCCGCAACGGCUCGGGCUGCUACCUGCGCCUGUGGACCUGCGACGGGUACGCGGACUGCGCCGACGGCACCGACGAGCGCGACUGCGGGCACUACCACUCCGAAGCACCAACAACGGAAGUGAUCGUGGACACAUUCGAGGAGUUGACCCCGCAGCACUGCGACGAGGGUCAGUUCCGGUGCGGAGGCGACUCCGCGGCGCCCGCCGACGUCGCCGAGUGCAUCCCCGCGGAGUGGCGCUGCGACGGACGCGUCGACUGCACGGACGGCAGCGACGAGGCACUGCACUGCGGUCACCGGGCGCACAACACGACGUGCGGCUCCCACACGUUCCACUGCGCGGGCGGCGCGUGCGUGCCGCUGGGCGCGCGCUGCGACGGCGCCGCGGACUGCGAGCACGCGGACGACGAGGCCGACUGCCCCUGCGCCCUCGACACCUUCGCCUGCGCCGGCUCCGGACUCUGUCUGCACGCUAACCUGUACUGUGACGGCGACGCGGACUGCGAAGACGGAUCGGACGAGCCCGCGGGCUGCGUGUCCCCCGCGCCGCCCCCCACCGCGUCACCGCCCCCCACCUCGCACCCCUUGUGUGCCGCGAUGUCCGGCUCGGUAUACUGCGCCGGUAGGUGUAUACCGAAAGAGUUAGUGUGCGACGGAAGGAACAACUGCGAGGACUCUGGGGGAAGCGGAGCGGGAACCGACGAAGAUCCUUUGAUCUGUAGUUCGUUCGCAUCCGCGACGGGCAGCACUAGUCACGAGAGCGCCGGCGAAUGCGAGCGAGGGGAGUGGCAGUGCGGAGACGGAGGCUGCGCCCCGCGAGACGCGCUCUGCGACGGCACGAGGGACUGUGAAGACUACACUGAUGAGUUUCCUUGCGAUAUAAACGAGUGCGCCACACUGAACGGGGGGUGCUCGCACAACUGCACGGAGCUGCCGGUGGGGCGCGCGUGCUGGUGCCGGGCGGGCUGGCGCGGCAGCGGGACCGCGUGCGCGGACGUGGACGAGUGCUACGAGGACCAGCCCUGCGAGCAGCACUGCAGGAACACGCUGGGCAGCUUCGUGUGCUCGUGCGCGGCGGGCUACAGAUUAGCGGACGACGGCGUCAGCUGCUCGCCGGUGUCGUCGAUCAAGGCGUCCCUAGUGUUCACGAACCGAUACUACAUCCGGCGCGCGUCGCUGCACGCGGGGGCCAGCUCGCUGCUGGUGCACAACCUCACCAACGCGGUGGCACUGGACGCGCACUGGAGCUCCGGCUGUCUCUACUGGAGUGACGUCACCCUCCUCGGCUCCUCCAUCAAGCGCCAGUGUCGACCUCGGGUAGGCCCUGCGACAGUCCUGCACGCGGCGACGCUGCAGAACCCGGAUGGUCUGGCGGUGGACUGGGUGGGAGGCAAUCUGUACUGGUGUGACAAAGGUACCGACACACUGGAGGUAUCCCGUCUGGACGGUCGGCACCGUCGCGUGCUGCUCAGGGACGGGCUGCAGGACCCGCGGGCCCUCGCCCUGCUGCCCGCUCGCGGCUGGAUGUACUGGUCGGACUGGGGCGCCUCCCCGCACAUCGGCCGCGCCGGAAUGGACGGCUCGAACAGACGACUGUUGAUCACAUCCGGACUGGGCUGGCCCAACGCCCUCACGCUAUGCCACGCAUCCAACGACCUCUACUUCGCCGACGCCAGGGAGGAUUAUAUAGCUGUCGCCGAUCUGGAUGGCAACAAUGUGCGGAUUCUAUUCUCUAGAGAGAGCAUGCCGUGGCUGAGGCUGCACCACGUGUUCGCGAUGAGCGUGUGGGAGGGCCGCGUGUACUGGAGCGACUGGGAGACGCGCGCCGUGGAGUCCUGUCGGCGGCGGCCGCGCCGGGGCUACAAGGAAUCUAAUGCAACGUUAGAUCUGAGCACGGGAGGAGCCUACGAGUGCGAGGUGGUAGUGCACACUGUGCACAAGCCUAUGGACCUCAGGAUCUUCCACCCAGCACGUCAGCCACCACAACCCGAGAUAACAGAGCUGUGUGCGUCGCUGAACUGCUCGGGGCUGUGCCUGCUGUCCCCGGCGGAGGGCGGAGUGCAGGCCCGCUGUGCGUGUCCGGAGCACUGGCUGCUGGCUGCCGACGGGCGCUCCUGCGUGCACAACUGUACCGCAGCACACUUCGUCUGUCGCACCACGCUCAAGUGCAUCCCCUACUGGUGGCGAUGCGACACUCAGGACGACUGCGGCGACGGUUCGGACGAGGGAGCUCACUGCCCGAAGUUCUGGUGCUCGCCGGGACAGUUCCAGUGCGACGGGUCUCGCUGCCUCCACCCGGGAUACAUCUGCGACGGCACUCCGCACUGCGCCGACCGCAGCGACGAGCGGGACUGCGACCGCUUCACCUGCCUCGCCGCGCAGUGGAAGUGCCGCGGCAACAGCACCGCGCGCGUGUCCGCCCGCUGCGUGCCCGGCGCCGCACGCUGCGACGGCGUCAGCGACUGUCACGACGGCGACGACGAGCUAGACUGUCCGCCGCGCACCUGUCCACCGCACCAGUUCGAAUGUGGCGACGGAGCGUGCGUGCCGCUAGUGUGGGUGUGCGACGAGGACUGGGACUGCGCGGACGGGUCGGACGAGCGGGCCGCGUGCGAGGAGCGCGCGUGCGGGCGGGACGAGUUCCGGUGCGGCUCGGGGCGCUGCGUGCCGCGGGCCUGGCGCUGCGACGGCGAGCCGGACUGCCCGGGCCGCGAGGACGAGCGCGCCUGUCCGCCGCCGCCGCGCUGCGACCCCACCUACUUCCGCUGCGGGGACGGGCGCUGCGUGCCGGGCCGCUGGCGGUGCGACGGCGAGGACGACUGCGGGGACGCCGGCGACGAGCUGGGCUGUGCGCCGCGCCGCUGCUCCGAGUCCGAGCAGCGCUGCGGGACCGGCGAGUGCGUGGCGCGGGCGCUGCGCUGCGACGGCGCGCCGCACUGCGCCGACGCCAGCGACGAGGCCGACUGUGCCGGCCGCUGCGGACCGGGCUCCAGGCCUUGCGCCGACAAUAAGCAAUGCGUUCUCAACGAGUGGUGGUGCGACGGGUCGUGGGACUGCGGAGACGGGUCGGACGAAGCGCGGUGCGGGGUGCAACAGUGCGGAAUGCGGAUGGAGUGCGGGGCGCGGUGCGAGCCCCCCGCCUGGCGGUGCGACGGUCGCCAGGACUGCCCCGGAGGGACCGACGAAGAGACACAGCACUGUGCCGCUGCCGCUUGUCAUCCGGACAUGUUUCGGUGCGGCGACCACACGUGCGUGCCGGGCGCGCUGCUGUGCGACGGGCACCGCGACUGCGCCGCCGGGGAGGACGAGGCCGCCUACACCUGUGCAGGAAAAAAUGUGAGGGGCGCGGAGAGGGAGUGCAUCGCGGGAAUCGAACCCUGCGCGGACACCGGUCUGAACAAAGCCUGUAAAUGGGACACGUGCUCGCAGCUCUGCGUGCCGAAACAAAACAAUCACACGUGCAAGUGUGUCCCGGGAUACAAGCAACGUCAGCUGUCCGACGGCACGCUCACGUGUGAAGUCGUCAGCGGAGAAAAGCCCACGGUGCUGGUAUGUGAGGGGGGCGGGGUGCGGGUGUGGGAGCCGCGGAAGGAGCCCGUCGCGCGACCCUCCUCCAUCCGCAACAACUACACAGCGGAGAUAAACGCGAUCGCCGGAGCAUACAUAAACGGCACAUGGUGGGCGUGGUGGGGGGAAGAGGGGGGCGCCCUCGUCAGGCGGAACAUAUCCGACAUGAUGCGGGACAAGACCAUGCAGGCCAACCAGGGCGAGAUACUUCUACACGAGGAGGGCAGCAUCCGAGGAGUGACCAUAGACUAUGUGUCCGGGCGCAUAUACUGGACGGUGUCCGGGACGGGUGCGGGGGCGCGCGGGCGCGGGGCCGUCGCCCCGGGAGGACACGAGGGGGCGCUCCGGGUCGCCGGCCUGGAUGGUCGCCGCCGCGUCACCUUGUAUUCGCGACGCGGCGCCGAACCUGAUGAUGUUAUCUUUUCUAACCUAACCAGAUACAUUUACUGGUCGGACCGGGGCUCGUCCCCCGGGGUGUACCGGCUGGGGGCGGCGGGGGGGCGCGCGGAGGCGCUGGUCCGGGGCCGCGUGCGCCGCGUCACCGCACUCACGCUGCACGAGGAGGGCGCCCGCCUGUACUUCGUGGAUGGAUACUACGGUACUCUCGAGACGGUCAGAACGGACGGCUCCGGGAGGACCCUGCUGGCGGAGUUCAGGCUCAGACCUCAUGGUGCACCAAUUGCACCUCAUGUAUAUCAGGAUGGAGAGCUGAUGUCUCGCAGCGCGACGUCGGGUCCGGUCCGCAGCGUGUGGUGGCGCGCGUGUGUGCGGCUGCGGGUGUGGGAGGAGUGGGUGUGGUGUGGCGCAGGGCGGGGGCUGGCGAGGGUGCGACGCCGCCCCCUUCCCGCCACACCUGACCUGCCCCGUGCGCCCCCAUCACGGCCCCUGCGCUUGCCGCCCCUCACUGCGCUGACUCUAUUGCAUCCCAUCAUGUUUACUUCGAGUCCGGACCCGUGCGAGCAGGCGUGCGACGCGAGCGCGCUGUGUGUCCGCACCGAGCGGGACCCCGGACACGACUGUCUCUGUCCAGACGGACUCACGCAAAGGGAAAUCAAGGGUCGUCGGCAAUGCGUGAUUCCUUCAGGCGAAGUUCCCAACACCACAACAUCCGGUGGAUCAUCGUGUCCUCUCCGGUGCGGGGCGGGGACCUGCGAGGAGGCGGGGGGUCUGCCGCGGUGUCGGUGCCCCCCGCUGUACGCCGGCCCGCACUGCCAGCACUACCGCUGCGCGCACUACUGCCACCUGCACGGACGCUGCAUGCUCGACGUCGAGGCGACGAGCCACAACGCCGUCGAAGCCACCGAUAACUCCACCGCGCUGCCCCCGCUCAAGUGCAUCUGUAACCCUGGAUAUACGGGCCCGCGCUGCGAGUCGGCGCUGGAGGUGGCGGACCCGUGCGCGUCGGUGCGCUGCCGGAACGGGGGGACGUGCCGGCGCGGGGCGGGGGGCGCGCAGUGCGAGUGCGGCGCGCGGUACGCCGGCCCGCACUGCGAGCUGUGCGCCGGGGAGCCGCCCUGUCCCCCCGGCACGGCGUGCACGCACACGGACGCCGGCCCCUACUGCAACACCACGGAAUGUCAAGACUUCUGUUUAAACCAGGGCACGUGCCGCGUGUCGAGUGCGGGCGUGCUGCGCUGCGAGUGCGGCGCGGGGUGGGGCGGGGAGCGGUGCGCGCGGCCCGUCUGCACCGACGCGCGCUGCACCGCAGAGCCGGCGGCAGUACCGUGCGGGGCGAGCCCGUGCGACCACGGCGGCUCGUGCGUGCACACAGAGCAGGGCGAGGUCUGCGAGUGCGCGGGCCCGUGGGGCGGAGCGCACUGCACGCUGUACGUGGGACACGACCACGCCUGCCGCAACAAGUGUCAACACCCUGCUCUGUGCGUUUGGGGACCAGACACUAGUGCAACAGAAGCUGGAUCCACACACUGUGUAUGUCCGGGAGGCGAGCGAUGCUUGGAGCGGCCCGAGGUAGCGGGCGCGGGAGCGGUGGACAGCGCGGGAGCGGGUGCGGGAGCGGGCGCGUGGGCGGGAGCGAUACUAGCGCUUAUAGCGUUAGCUGGUGCUGUAUUUGCUGCCCUAUUCGUUCUGCACAGGAGAAGGCACGGCGCGUUCGUGCACGCCCGGCUGGCGGACAACGUCGAGAUCAACAACCCCAUGUACCUGGCCGGGGAGGACGAGCCCGAGGGCGCGCACACGAACGGCGGCAAGCACUUCGCCAACCCCGUAUACGAGAGUGUGUACGCUCCUCAACAGAAUCCGACCGAGGAACAGGACAACCUGCUGUCCGCCGCAGACAGCCCGGCGCCGCCAGAGAGAGUCGCGCUCUUGUAGCGGGCGGAGUGACGUCACGGUGACGUCACGGCUGCGACGCGAUGCUGUGCCAAACUAGGAGUCGACUGACUGAACGCCUCGACGCCUGUACAGUGUGAUGUCUCGCGGGACAUGGCGGCCGGUACCUUACCACUCUUCGAUGUUUCGCUCCCCUAAUGUACAUUUUAUGUGUUGCUCAUGUAAUUAUGGUUUAUUCGACACUCACAGCUUUAAUAAAAGUUAUGAAAAAAAAAUUCUUAUAAUGCGAGAAGAAAUACAUCGUACAUCGAUAUUUUAUGAAAACCUGUUUCUUAUGUAAUUGAGAUUGUCCGCGAGCUAGUUGAGGACGAAUCUCUCUGUGGGUAUUUAUUGACCUUGAAAUGUUUACUUACCAUUGAAAUAAGUUUAAUUAUUAUUAAAUGAAUAUGUAAAUAAUGACAGUCUUGCCUCUAGCGAUACAAGCUUAGUUGUAGUUAAAUGAUGCGGAACCAACACGUAGAUUAGUUAGUUAGUUGAGACGCUGUCGGACCUCACGGCACUGCGCGGCGGACACUUUGAGGCCACAAGGGAGCUCACGUGACCGGGUUGUGUUUUUAUGAUAUUAAUAUGAUUAAUGAACACGUUUUGAGUAACGCGUAUUCCAUUUUUGGACCUUUUAAUGUUUGUUAAUGUGUUCAUUUUGUUCGUAUCAAAUGUGUCAAUGUUCAUUUUAUGAAGCGUAUGUCUCCGUCGCACGACUAAACCUUUCAAUAGAAACAAUGAGGUGUUUCACAUAAUACUUGUGCAUGUUUAAUCUUAAGUACAAAUAGGUAAAUUUUUAAAUAAAUCUACUACAUAACAUCAAAA